UAGAACUUAGACUUUUGCCUGGGCUGUGGCUGUGGAAAAUCAUUUUGAUUCAUGCUUGAUGUAUGAUGUUAACAUGUCGAGAACAAAGAAAUUACUAAGCAGACCUGAACUUCCAAGUCUUGAUGAAAUCACUAAAGACUUGGAAUCGGCGCCGAGCGAUGAUGUCGCGUUUACAUUCUUGAAGAAGGACAUUACCGGUACCAUGGGUACAGCUGGUGCUGCGCUUGGCCUUGGGAUUUCUCAUCUUCAGGAUUCCCAUUCAAAAUCAAGAGAUUUCAUCCCCUCCGGUGAAUCUUCAGCCAGGGUCGCACUGGAUACAUCCAAAUCUUUUGAGUCAGCUGCUAAAAGACCCCGACAGGAAUCCAGCAAAUCAGUGUCGUCUAGUGCAAGGAAAUCUGAAGAACAACUGCAGAAAAGCAAGGAAGAAAGGGAGAUCGAAGACUGCUAUCAGAAGGUCCUGAAGUUCUUGGAAAUGAACUCUUAUCUUAGAGACUCACAGGAGAAGAUGUCCCAGCAGUGCGCAGACUUACAAGAAUUAGGACAGACUGUCAAGGAUCAGAUUGAUUCCCUAAGAACUCGGCUUCACACUUCAUAGUAUGGUAUCUACUUGCCGCAACAGAAUCUUUAAGGCUUGGUCCCACUGCACUUACGGAUGCAGAGAGGAUGUAAAACGGAAAAGAAUCUUGCCAUCCGUUGGAAAACGUUAUAUCCGUUGUGUACUCUUUGCAUACAUGUUUCAUACACUCUAUAUCCAUCAAGCAUCUGCCAACUGUGAUUUCAUUGUUCGCCGAUUUUGUCCAUUUUCUGGAGGGGAUGAAAAUGGAUUGAGCCACACCAAUAUUUUGCUUGUGCGCUGUAUCCGUUACGAGUACAUUUUGUGUUCAUUGGCCAGUAGGACCAGGCCUUCACAUCUUCACUGACAUUCUGACAAUCAUAUGUUUACUAGAAAGACCUGAACUUUUUUCUACUGAUGCUGUAAACUUUCGCUUGUGAUUUUCAAAAACAGUUACAUCCAUAACACUGGUGAUAUAUUUCAGUGUAAAAAAAAUACAUAAAAGGAGUUUUUCUUUUUAAAGCAUGUAUUUUCAUUUUGUUGAGUUGAAAGUUCUUGCAGGGCACAAUGCUUUUGAAAAUUGAGAAAAUGAAAACCAUCAAAAUUUUUAGUAGAGCUCUGCUCUUUCAACCUAAAAUGUCUGUAUGUGAAGUACACUCUAUAGACUAAUGUUCCACUGCUUUAUUUUCUGAUUCCAGUCAUUGAAGCUGGUCAAGUUGUUACUAUCAACGUCAAAUAGAUGUCAUGAUUUCAAUUGCCUAUAACAGCUGCAAAUAACCUUUUUUUUAUGGACAGCCAGGUGAUUAGAUCUUUGUUUUUUUAGCUGAGUUUUCACUCUAUAGUGCAUACAUGUACAUACAUUCAUGUAUCAUCCUUAACUUUUGAUCUGUGAUGUAAACAGGUAGUCAAAAAUUGUGACUGGUACUGUACCAACCAGUAUUAAAGCUAACUACCAAUAAUUGGUGGAAGUACUAUAUGAUAUUGAGUAUAGAUAAUUCAAUUACAUGUGGGACAGGCCUAAUUUACACUGUUCACUAAUAAAACCAAAUUUGAUUGAUCGUAAAAAAUCAAAAGUCAAACAUAGACCUUAUUGUAUUGUAGGGUCUUCUCCGCCUAUCCCCCAUGGUCUAACCCAUUUUAUUUACAAGUUAUUGCCAUAAUCAUGUCAUUUUGCCCGUGUAUCAUGUAAUUGUUUUUUUCUUAUCCACAUGGUUGAGCUUAAGGCUGAAA